AUGCAUGUCGAGGUAAUAAAACCUAUCCAGGGGGACCGGAAAAACAAACUGCAAAGCCGCAUCAGAACAAGCGAAGUCGGUCGAGCAGAUGAAAAGAACGAGCUCAGCACGGUGUGUUCUUCUGCGGUCAUAUCGAUCCUCAACACGCUUUACGUCGCCAACUCGGAGUCUACCAAAUUGAAAAAGGCUCUCGCAGAAAAAUUGACGGAGCAACCGGAGAACGCGGCUGGCACCCGCACGGACACGGAGGAGUCAGCCACCCAGGGGCUGCAUACAAUUGUGGAUACUGUUGCUAGCGCCACUCGUAUUAAAUGGUAAACCUAAACUCGACUAGGCCUUCGCAUUCCGUGCACAAUGGCCUACGACUUCUGUGUGGGGUCGUCGUGGGGCAUGGAGAGGAAAGAAAAAAGAAAACGCGAUGCAUGAAAAGCCUUGCUCUUUCUUGUUGUGUACAAGUUCCAGUCAGCGCAGUGUCGCACGAAAAUCAACCACGAGCAGAAUGCGUUGCUUUGAUAUAUAUUUUGACAAGCCGGCCGUCUUGUGGGCCAACAAUAUUUUUACUCGGUACUGGUUCUGUACAUAGUUAGUUUAUUGCUCUGCGUGAGGAGGUCCAGUCGGGUUUACUUUUCCUACGGAUGAACCCACACUCAACGUAG